AUGGCCAAGGACAGGCUCUUCCAGCAGGAGCAGCGGCUGCAGAGGGUCAUAACCGAGAAGCGGAUCAUGGCGAGGUUGCAGCAUCCCUUCGUGGUGUCCCUGCACUCGGCAUUCCAGACCAGCACGCAUCUGUUCUUGGUAUUAGACUUCUGUGGCGGUGGCGAGCUCUUCUUCCACAUGCUGCAGCGGCGGUACUUUGAGGAGCCAGACGCGAUGUUCUAUUUCUGCGAGAUCUUGCUAGGCCUGGAGUACCUGCACUCGCAGCAGGUCCUGUACAGAGACCUGAAGCCAGAGAACUGCCUGCUGGACAUGGAGGGCCACGUCCGGCUCACCGACUUCGGGCUUUCGAAGGACGAAGGCCUGACGCCGACAGCGAGGUUCACGUCAUUCGUCGGGACCGCUGGGUACUUGAGCCCGGAGAUGGUGCAGAGGCAGGGGCACAGCACCCCGCUGGACUUCUACUGCCUGGGCUGCCUGCUCUAUUGCCUGCAGACCGGCUCGCUGCCUCACUACGAGGGGGACUACAAGGUCAUGAUCCAGAAGCGCAUCAAGGGGGAGCAGUGCGCCUUCCCGCACUGGAUCUCGACCGACUCCAAGAAGCUGAUGAAGGGGCUGCUCUCGCCGGAGCCCUCGACCCGGCUCGGCAGCCAGCGCGGAGCCAUCGAGGUGAAGGAGCACAGGUGGUUGUUCGAGGUGGACUGGGCGAAGGUGUACCGUCGGGAGUCGCAGAAGUGCUUCCCCAACUUCCCGCCGAUCGUGCCGCGGCGGGACAUCACUGCGAACUUCUCUUCCGAAUUCACGGACGGAAGGGGCAGCCGGUGCCCCGCGACCUCCGCAGCUUCUCGGACGAGGCGGAGGCCAGCGGCAAGCUUCACCCGCCCGUGGACGGCUUCUCGCAGGUCCUGGGCUGAGAAUGAGGUACUGCGCCAUGCAUGGAGUCGGCAUUGGCCUUGCCUCGACCCGAGGCAUGCGUCCGUAGCUCACGAAUUCGAGGGUCUGGCCGCGACCCAGAGGACUGCACGGACGCCCAAAGGGCGCUGGGACGGACAGUGUGGAAUGGUGUUGUGCACUGCGGCGGGAAGACUGACAUUUUAG